UCGCAAUUGCCCUUCAAAUCUUCCGAGAUUCUAAUGUUUUAAAAUUUAGAGCGUGGGUGUAUGUUGUGUUUGUUAUGUUUUUCUUUGAUAAUUUCAUCUUUUGUUGCAUUAUCUGUUUUAUCUUACAUUCUUUAGUCUCAUGCAGUUUAUACACAUUUAUCGAUCAGCAUUCUCUAAUUUUACAAUUAAGUUGGUUUUGAAGAACGUGAAGCCUUUUCAUCACUUUGCUGGUCGUCUCUUUUCUGUAUGCUCAAUAUCAGCUGUGGUUCAGAAGUACAACAUUGAGACUAUUUGGCUAUCUUCUGAUUUCAAACGUAGAUUUUCAAAAAUGGAAUGCUGUGGAAAUGGUUGUGGCAUAGAUUUUUCAAAAGAAGAAUUGAAGCAGAGAUUAACUCCACAGCAAUAUUCUGUGACACAAGAAAAGGAUACUGAAAGACCAUUUACUGGAAAAUAUUGUAAUCACUUUGAAAAAGGCAUUUAUUCUUGCAUUGUGUGCAAUCAAGAUCUCUUUUCAUCUGAAGCGAAGUUUGAAACAAAAUGUGGUUGGCCUUCAUUUUUUGAUGUGAUUGAUAGCAAUAAUGUGAAAUUCAAAGAAGAUUUAUCUCAUGUUAGUUGUAAUCUUCUUCUCCUAACUAUGAAAACAGACAUGAAGCGGACGGAGGUCCUUUGUUCAAAAUGUGGAGCUCACCUUGGCCAUGUGUUUGAUGAUGGACCAAAGCCAACAAAGAAACGCUACUGCAUCAAUUCAGCGGCACUAGAUUUUAAAAAGGCUGAAGACUGUUCAUCUAAUGAUGUUCCUAAGAGUUAAAAUGAAAUAAUAAUUUUUGUACUGCGAUUAGUUGUUCUAGGUGCUCUCAGCGAAAAGCUUUUUAUACUGUUCAAAAUGCAUUUUGUACAUCUGUUUUUGUAAAGCACCUUUAGUUUAAAUAUACAUACUGCAUUGACUGUUGCUAUGUGAUAAAAAGUAAUCAGUUUAUAAAAAAUAUUGAGAAUUUUAUUUGCAUUUUAAAACUAAUUAUUUAGUAAUUAGUUUUAAAAACGUGUUAUUGAGAAUGGAAAUAAUGAACAGAUGUAAUGUUCGUUACGUCUGUUCAUUAUUUCUAUUCUGAAUAACACAUUUUUUCAUUUAUGUAUUAGAAUGAAUAUAAAAUGAUGUAUUUUUAUUUAAAAAAAAUUUUUCUUUUUUUGCCUUCGUAGUUAAGGCAAUAUUGUAUUCUUAAAAUAUAUGUAAAAGAUAUAUAUGUGACUACUUAUUGUGUUUCAAGUAUAAAGAUGUGCAUUGAAUUAUCAUAUGAUUUCAUAAUAAUUUUAUCUGCAUUGUGUGCUUAUUUUGUGGUUAUUACAAUGAAGCUUUGAGCAUUUACGACUUUUGUCAGUACUCGCAUUUCAUCUGCAAAUGAAAUUUUAUAUAGUUAUAUUUUUAAAAUAAUUUCUUUUGUUUGGAAACAUUCUUGAAUGAAGUAUAAAUUUGUUAAAAUAAGAAUGAAUAUUUUCAAUGGGACAUAUUUUUAAUAAGGGUUUUUCUAAGACCUCUGUACUAUAUUUCAUGCUAAUUUCUAUUCAAACAAUUAUUCUUUGUAAUAUUUCACAUCUGUAAGUUCAGUUAAAAGAUCUUUUAUUGAUUUUAUAUGCAUUUUUGGAGGUGAAAAUUAAUGAAUAAAUUUUUAAUAUUAAAAAUUAUUUUGAUGUUUCGUAUUUUUCAAAUUUUGGUGUAGAAGUAAAAGUAUUCUUUCAAAACUAAAUGUUUUGUUUCAGAUGUAAUGUAUGUAUUAUUCAAUUUAUUUAUCAUAUCAGGGUGAUGAACUUUAUUGUAAAUUGUGAAUAAUAUAUAAUAGAAUUAAUUACAAAUGAAUAAUGCAUGUAAAAUAUUUCAUAUGAAAAGUGAAAGUUUUUUCAGGAGUGAUUGAAUUUAGAUAAAUUUAGAUCAAAAUAAACUAAUCUGCAUAAUAAUUUGCUUGCAGUAUUUGAUAUUUUUUGAGAAUUUGCUUCCAAUGAAUGUAUAAUUUCUAUAAUAUGUUGAGUUAUUUCUUAGUAUAUUUUAUCUGUUUAUGGAAAAAAGAGAAUUUUUUUUUUUUUUUUUAAAUUUUUAUUUUGGGAUUUUGUUUGGUUUAAACAGUUAGGUGGUUAUUAAAAAGUCAUUUGCUUUUACUUUGUAUAUGUUGGCUAGAUACAACUUAUGCUGUAGUGAUUAAUUAUUAAACUUUUAAUAAUUGUGAGUAUUAAAUGUGAGCAACUUUGGAAAAUCUUAAUUUCUUUGAAAAAGUGCAUCUUGUUCAUAGUAUUAUGAACAAAAGCUGAAAAAUGUAUUUAAAUUGUAAUUAGAAAAAUCAAAAUAAAUAUAUGAAUAAGUUUGUUGAAA